AUGUAUACAAAUAUUUAUAACGUUGCAGUUGUUGAAAAUGGGAGUCUGCCAUCCCCCCAACAGCAGCCUCGUUUCCAGCAAUGGGCGGAGUAUGAAACAGGGAGUAAUGCGGGGCACUACAGGAACUGGGAAUUUCCGAUUUUUAACCCCAUAGUUCACCAGCAGCGAGAGCAGCCGACAGAAAACAGGGGACGACAACUCAAGCGAACAGCGGAAGUUCCCAAACGAUCGAAAUCCGAACCGAGGCUUGCUAAUACUGUGUACAAAGUAGAUAGCCAGCGUACACUUGAUUUACACGGCAUGUUUCUACGGGAGGCCAUGCGCGCAUUUUUGUCUUUUCUCCAACUUUGCAAAUCUGAAUUCAACGCCAAGAAAGACGCAGCCACGCAGUUCAUAUCAAUCAUAACGGGGAGAGGUCUCCAUAGCAAAGAUGGCGUCCCUAAAAUCAAACCAGCUGUGGAGAACUAUCUUAGAAAACAUAAAUACACAUACAUCUGGGAAAAUCCUGGCAAAGUUGUUAUAGACUUGGCGUCAUCUGGUUUUCCCAUAGAUUGGGACUAGGGGCCUUUUUCCUUCUUGGCGCUAACCAGCUCAAACAGUAGAAGUACUCACAUGCAUGA